UCGAUCGAUCGAUCAACCAACCCUCCUCCUCUCCGCGUCUCCUCGUCAGCCGCCGCCGGAGCGGAAGAGGAGAAGACAAAGAGAGAAGGGAUCCAUGGAGCCCGCUGCUGCCCCGCUUCCCGGCGGCGUCGACGACUACAUCCGCGACUCCAUCCACGACUCGCUCGGCCUCCCCGUCCCCGACCGCUCCCUCCGCCUCAAGCUGCUCGCCUCCGAGGACCACCGCCGCCGACUCCAGGACCACGUCUUCUCCCUCGAAGAGGACCUCCGCGCGGCCGCCCGCCGCAUCGAACUCCUCAAGUCGGAGUCCGCCAUGAACGCCACGGGCCUCCGGCGCUGCAUCGAGGAGAAGGAGGCCAUGGUCACCGCCUACAACGACCUCGCCUCCCACUCCGCCAAGCUCGAGCGGGAGUGCGCCCUCUACGAGCGCGACCUCGAGCGCGCCAUGGAGUCCUGCGACGACCUUGCCAAGGAGAACGACGAAAUACGCGCACGCCUCAACGACGACACCACACUUACUGCAUUGACCAAUGAAGUGCAAGCUCUGCAGAAGGACAAAGAGAACCUAAGGAUCAAUCUUAAUAAAGCAGAGGAGGAGGUCAAGCUGUUAUUCGAGGAAAACAAGAUUCUUGACGAAGAGAACAAACGACUGUUGUCUCUGUUGGAGAAAGAACGACAGCACCGGUCUGAAAGAAAGCAUUCCUCCAGUGCGUCUGCGUCCACCAAGCAUAAGCGCAAAUCAUCAAGUUUGAAGGAGACGAGCCCAGUGGGUCGAGCUAUCGAUUUCAAAGGCGCAGAUUCAUCCAGGCACCCUCUUUCACCGUUGCCGCCAAACUCCCCAGACUACAGGGCGCACAAGAAAUGAAAGCGAGCAUCAUCUGCUGCUUAUUGAUCUGAUCCUGCUGCUAAUGUAAAAAACUUGUUGCUGGGUUCUUGAUGCUAGAACCCCUACCUUCUUCCUGUAGUCAUCCUUCCUGAAUGGCAACCCUAACUGAAUGCAACUCAUUCUUCUUGUAGUCAUCCUUCGAGCAGAAAACAACUUUUUUUUUUUAACUUACUGUCCUUCCGAAUGCAGUAGCUUUUUCUUGGUCUAGCUGUUGCUGGUCUCUUUCUUCAUCUUCAUGGAUGUAACGGGUCCUCUUCUUGUUAUUAUGGAGCUAUGUGAUGCUUGUCAUGUGUGAAUGCCUCGUCAUCUGAUUGUCAAUGCCUCAUCUCUUUGUAAAUCGCAUUUGUAAUUGUGUUGCAGUCUAACAUGUUGAUGAUGAUA